CGCCACUUUUGAGGAUUGCUCGAAGCAAGCUAGCUAGCUUUUUCUCGUCCACUGUCCGUCGAUACUUCUUUGGUACAUCGUCAGGCCGGUCGCGACGCUCGGUCGCUCCGUCUGAUGCCUGAUGUGCUCCCUGCAUCUGAAACUAAACACUUGACGCUCCUGCAUCAUCCAAUACCAUGUAGCGAUAUUCUCCUCCAGCUUCGUCAGCGAUCCAUAGGCGAGAAUCUAAAACCGGACAACGAAACUCUGUCCAUCGGUGCAACAACUCGCCAUGUCAAGCACGAAGGCACGGGAACAACCGGUACGACACUCUGGCUAGGCGCUCAAGUACUUGCCUGUUACCUUGUAUCUGCUCUCCCGCGCGUUCUUCCUGUCCCAUUUGGUGGGCGAUCGACUCGAGGUAGAGUUCUGGAGUUGGGAAGCGGGACCGGUUACCUUUCGCUCGUGUUGGCCAGCAUGGGAUACACUGUCCUCUCUACGGAUAUCGAGCCAGUUUUGUCGACAGUAUUGAAGCCAAAUGUCGAAGCUGGUCUGCAUCAGAUUCGAGCAUCUGCAAAUGGAUCAAAUGGACUUAUCGUGGUCCAGAAUCUAGAUUGGACCCUGGAUGAUGAUGCUAUAGCAGGUGAAAGGUUCGACAUGAUACUCAUGAGUGAUACAAUCUACCUAUCGGAUCUGAACCCUCAUCUAUUCGGAACGCUACGGAAAGUGUCUCUCGAGGGCAAGGCACCGAUGGUGUAUCUCGCACUGGAACGGCGUGACUCAGCGGCGGUAGACUCUGCAUUGACUAUUGCUCAAGAAAUGGGAUUCAACUUGAAACGCGUAGCUCAUACCCGUGUAGUCAAGGCUGUUGACGGUGCCGGAUGGGGCUGGGACGAACAAGGCUGGGAGGAUGUAGAGGUUUGGAAAGGCAAAUGGGAGGGUCAAGCCAAAAAGUCGAGGCAUCGCGGGCAAGAUGGAGUGCCCUGCGAGCAUGCAUCAUCGUGAUCACAGG